AUGGCUGAACCGGCCGCUUCUUCGUCUUCGUCCGGAUCCUUCGCCGCGCGCCGCCUACAUGGCGCCGUCGUCUUCAGGGACGCGGCGCUCCCGUACAGUGGCCUCGCCGCCGCACCCCCGCCACCUCUUCCGCCGGUGCAGGUGCAGGUUGCGGCUUCCGGCGCCGGCGCCGGCGCCGGCGGAGGCGGAGGAGGAGGGAAGAUUAGCCCCGCGGUGCUCUUCAUCGUCGUGAUUCUCGCGGUGGUGUUCUUCAUCUCCGCCCUGCUCCACCUCCUGGUGCGCGUCCUCGUGAAGAAGCAGCACCGCCGCGGCGGCCGAAGGGGCACGGCGUCGUCGUCGGCGGCGGCGGCGGCGCGGGGGGCUGGAGGGGAGGCCGGCGGGGCGGACGUGGCGCUGCAGCGGCAGCUGCAGCAGCUGUUCCACCUCCACGACUCCGGGCUGGACCAGGCCUUCAUCGACGCGCUGCCGGUCUUCGCCUACCGGGAGAUCGUUGUAGGCGGCGGCGGCGACGGGGACAAGGAGCCGUUUGACUGCGCGGUGUGCCUGUGCGAGUUCGACGCCGAGGACCGGCUCCGCCUGCUGCCGCUGUGCGGGCACGCCUUCCACCUCAACUGCAUCGACACGUGGCUGCUCUCCAACUCGACCUGCCCGCUCUGCCGCGGGGUGCUCUUCGUCCCGGGGCUCAUGGGCGAGGACAGCCCGAUGUUCGAUUUCGAGGAGAGGCUGGAGGAACGGCGGUUGUCCGAGGACUGCGACGACGGAUUUGGAUUGCCUGGGCUGAAGGCUUCAGGGUUGGCACAGACACCGGUGGCUGAGAAGAAGGUAUUCCCCGUGAGGUUGGGGAAGUUCAAGAAUGUCGGAACCCAGGGUGCGGUGGAAGGUGGCAAUGCCAAUGCCAAUUCCCGUGUGUUGAGUAGGGAUCAAGGGGAGAGUAGCAGCAGCAGCUUGGAUGGAAGGAGAUGCUUCUCCAUGGGCACCUAUCAGUAUGUUCUUGGCACUUCCGAGCUCCGGGUAGCUCUCCAGCCUGGCCGGAUUAGAAAUGGCGCUGGUGGUGCAAUGAGGGCAAGACCUCCUGGUUUAAGUUCGAUCAAUGCUGAUAUUAUGGAGGGGAAGAAGAUCUGUGCACGCAACAAAGGGGAGAGUUUCUCCGUGUCGAAAAUUUGGCAAUGGUCUAAUCUUAAGGGCAAGCUACCUGCUGGUUCGGAUGAAUGUUCGGAUGCCGGGAGCCUUCCAUGGACGAAGAGAGGAGGUGCUGCGGAUACAUCAAACUUAUGA